GCGGGAGACAGCGAGCAAGACCGCCACGGGGAGGAGACAGAGCGGCCGGCGCCGUUUAACGAGGCGCCGCUCUACGCCCGCUGGCAGCCUUCUAGGACCGGACCCGAGAGGACCGCCAUCAGCCCGCUCCCUCCGGGUCCCGGGCGUGGGCGCGGGGGUGCUGAAGAGGGAGCUCUCCCACUCCAUUAAUGUAUCUUAGAGCGGGAGGGGCCCUUUCCGAGGAUCUCUAGUUUCUCCAGCCACCACCACCCCGAAAAUGUGCGGCCUGGAAAGUCGCCUAGAGAAGGCGCGGAGGGGAUGGAAAAGACAACCAGCCGCGGCGGGCCGAGGGGCGAGAACGUUUGCUAACCGCUCGACUCCGGCGCACAGCUUGCAUGGGUUGGGCGCAAGCUCCAGCCGCCGAAACCGGGACGGUGAUGGCCUGGUUCUUCUCCUGCGCGUCUCCGAGAACUCCGGGGCGUGGGGUCAGAGGAGGGCGGAUUCCCAGGCAUCCACCCCGCCCUGGCCGGCACCCGAACGCUCUGAGCCCGUCUCUCCUGAAGCCUGCGCAUUAGCACCGGAGUCUCUUUAAAGCAGUAGCGGGGGCCGCGGUCACGUGAGGUGGAUUCCUGGAAAGUUCCUGGAAAGCGGCCUCCGCAGCCGCGGGGCGGGGCGCACGAGGAGCGCGGACUAGGGAGAGAGGCGGGGAGCGAGGGAGGCGCGUAGGUCUGGGAAGUCGCGCGCACACAGCGCUCCGGGGACAGACAUUUAACUCUUGUCUAGUCUCGCCGCCGCCGCGGCUCGCGGGCCUUGGGCUUCCCUUGAAGCAUGAGCCUUCUCGCCCGCCGCCACUGGCACUGCGCGGGCCGCGGACAGUGCGCGCCGGGGCCCCGGGCGCACAGCCUCAGGAUCCCCGUCGCCUACAGCUGGGGCGCCGGAGGAGCUCGGGCAGGGGCCCGCGGCAGGCAAACUGUGCGUGACCGCGCCUGCGGGGGAUUUUGCUAUCCGUGCACCGGGACCCGGGGAGGAAGAACCAGCGGCUCCCCAUUACCUCCCCCUCCAUUUCCAUUUCGCGGACCCCUCAGGGACUCGUUUUGGGGUUUCCACUGACUUCUAAGAAGGACGCGUGCCCCUCUCUGACCCCAGCUCGGGCGGCCACCUGUCUUUGCCGCGGUGACCCUUCUCCCAUGACCCUGCGGUGCCUCGAGCCCUCCGGGAAUGGCGCGGAAGGGACGCAGAGCCAUUGGGGGACCUCGGGGUCGGCGGAGGAGCCGUCCCCGGAGGCGGCGCGUCUGGCGAAGGCCCUGCGGGAACUUAGUCACACAGGUUGGUACUGGGGAAGUAUGACUGUUAAUGAAGCCAAAGAGAAAUUAAAAGAGGCACCAGAAGGAACUUUCUUGAUUAGAGAUAGUUCGCAUUCAGACUACCUACUAACAAUAUCUGUUAAAACAUCAGCUGGACCAACUAAUCUUCGCAUCGAAUACCAAGAUGGGAAAUUUAGAUUGGACUCUAUCAUAUGUGUCAAGUCCAAGCUUAAACAAUUUGACAGUGUGGUUCAUCUGAUCGACUACUAUGUUCAGAUGUGCAAGGAUAAGCGGAUGGGCCCAGAAGCCCCCCGGAACGGCACUGUUCACCUUUAUCUGACCAAACCGCUCUACACAUCAGCACCACCUCUGCAGCAUCUCUGUAGACUCACCAUUAACAAAUGUACCGGUACCAUCUGGGGACUGCCUUUACCAACAAGACUAAAAGAUUACUUGGAAGAAUAUAAAUUCCAGGUAUAAGUGUUUCUCUUUUUCUAAACAUGCCUCCUAUAGAGUAUCUCCGAAAGCAGCUAUGUAAAAAGAGAACCAAAACUUGAGUGACGGCUCUGGAUAACUACGCAGAAUUCUAAGAACAGCUGAAGCCAAUCUAAUUUAAAUGUGUGGAGGGGUAGCUAGGUAUUUAAAGUUCCCCCAGAUAUUUUCACCUGAGUGAUGCUUCCCUUCCUAAGGCUGACCAAGACCAGUUUAUCCUUUUAAGUUAAAAAUAAAACGUCCCAAGUAAAGGCUGAAGGAACACUUUAUCAGAACUCUGCCUUUCCGAGGUUCCUGUUAGGUGGAAGGUGCCAGCACCGGCAGUAGAGAAGGAGCUCCACUUAGGAGUGCUGAAGAAGUGGAAGGAACCAAACUGACACAGGCUUAACUUCCAGUUUGUAUGCCUGGUGAUCAGAGUCUAUUUUAGGACAUUUGAUACUUUGCAUUCUGAUGUACUUAGGAGAUUUGUUAAACAGAUAUGCUUGUGAGUAUUUAUCCUUCAUUUUAUGCAAUUAACCAAAUCAACCAAAAACAGUGACCAUGAAAUCCUGUAUUUGUCUUUUUACUACAUGUAUGAACUCUCUCAUGUGAAUGAGUACUGUAGUAAUCCAUUUCAAGGGAGCCUUAUUUCAGAAAUAUUUCAAACUGGUGCAAAUGGAAAAGACUUCUUUUCCUUUAAGGCUAAAGACAAGAAUGUCAUGCUAUACAGGUGCAACUCAAUCCCUGUUAAUAAAACCACGUAGAUAGAGACAUUUUACCCUUUGAAGUAGCUGUGUCCCACAACCUGUUGCCAUUGAUUUUUCAGAAAUGGCUUUAGAAAUUUCCAAGUGGUCUAACCAUGGACAUUAGCAAUUGUCUCCCUUCUACCAUGUAGAAUACUCUGACUUAAUUUUCUUCCAGAUAUAGGGGGAUACCUGCCUGUUUUUCAAAGUGUUUAUUUACUGCUGUUACUAUUUGAUUAGAAUGUAUUAAAUAAAAAAACCUGACUUUCACAA